AUGCCGCUACCGGAUUGUUGUAUAGGCACCUUCUUUUGCUAUGGAGGUCACUCAGGGUGUGACCUUUGCAAUCGCGAUAUUAGUUGUUCAUACACCAUCAGAGAAAGUGAUGACCGUGAAGAAUUUGAACUAGUCAAGACCUCCUCCAAUGAAGUAGUUUGCCGCUGUCCCAACUUUGGAAGAAUUGAAGAAGAGAAACGAGAGCGAGAGGAGCAGGAAAGAAGAAAGCAAUGCCAGAUAGAGGAAGAAAAAAAGCGCCAGGAGAAACUUGAGAGACAAAGACAGGAAGCGCAGAGGCUAGAGUGGGAAAGACAAGAACAGGAGAGGCUUGAAAGACAAGAACAGGAGAGACUAGAGUGGGAAAGACAAGAACAGGAGAGACUAGAGUGGGAAAGACGGGAACAGGAGAGGCUAGAGUGGGAAAGACAAGAACAGGAGAGACUAGAGUGGGAAAGACGAGAACAGGAGUGGCGAGAAUGGAAAAGACAGGAACAGAAGAGGUUAAUGCAGGAAAGACUUGAACAGUUGUGGCGAGAAUGGAAAAGACGGGAACAGAAGAGGUUAGAGCAGGAAAGACGGGAACAGGAGAGGUUGGAGCAGGAAAGACGGGAACAGGAGAGGUUAGAGCAGGAAAGACUGGAACAGGAGAGGUUGGAGCAGGAAAGACUUGAACAGUUGUGGCGAGAAUGGAAAAGACGGGAACAGAAGAGGUUAGAGCAGGAAAGACAGGAACAGGAGAGGUUAGAGCAGGAAAGACUGGAACAGGAGAGGUUGGAGCAGGAAAGACUGGAACAGGAGAGGUUGGAGCAGGAAAGACUUGAACAGUUGUGGCGAGAAUGGAAAAGACGGGAACAGAAGAGGUUAGAGCAGGAAAGACGGGAGCAGGAGAGGUUGGAGCAGGAAAGACGGGAGCAGGAGAGGUUGGAAAUUCUAGAGUGGAUAAGACAUAAACAGGAGAAAAUAAGAUGUCAACAAGAAGAACAACAAAGAAAAGAAAAAGAGGAGGAAAGGCGGAUUGCAGAGCUUGAGCGAAAGAGGAGAAUCCAAGAGCAGAUUGACAAAGAAAAUGAGGCUUCGCGAAUAAAACUCUUCCAUGCACAUGAGAAGCUUCAGCAGGAGCAGAACCUCAAAGCAGCAAAGCACCAUCAGCAGCACUCCCAAAUCCUGCACCAGCUCGUGGAGGAUCAUGCAUCUCACAUAGAGAGGGAUGAGCUCAAAGAUGUUGGUGGCAAAUUUGAAGAACUUUUGUCAAAGUACCAAAUCAGCGGGAAGGGAGAUUUAAAUAGUAACCUGGAAGACAGAAUGAAGACUCUGCAAAAUGAGCUGACAUUAGAUUACCUGAGAGAGCACAACAUCCCUAUUCCAUCGCUGUGGGCUUUUGACCAGGCAACUGGAUAUGUGGACUUGUCUCUAACUGAGAAGUUCAAUAUCCUGGAGGCAGUUGUGAAAGUGACCGUGGAGGGGGAUUAUGAGGAUCUCACAACUGGACAAGACAAGAAGACUGAAUUCCUCCUGAACUUGCAAGAUCAGCUCCAAGACACUAAUCCAACCCUGGCCAGAAAGGUUUUAGUAAAUAUACUUGAAACUAGUCCACAACUGCCCAUGGCUUCAAGGGAAAUCCUGAGUCAAAUACUUUUCAACAACAUCUGGAUGCCAAAAGAACUCAAGCUUUUCAUGGAAAGAAGCUUAAGUAUGGAUCAAGAAAAAGUCACUCAAAUCCUUCACAAAGUGUGCACAUAUAGACUCAGCUGCACCCUGACUCUCUCUGCACUAAAUGACAGAGAUCCUAUGAGGUACAUACAGAGCUGUGUAUCUUAUGAGUUGGACAAAGAUGUCGAUACUAUCUUGGAGGAAAUGCAGGACGGCAACUAUCCAGAGCAUAUUGUGUCUCAACUUGAAAAUAUUCUGAGAGAUGUUACAAAAGUUUUGCCAAAAUAUAAAAGUGUAGACAUCAAUGAAAAAAUGAUACAAUAUGGGACAAAAAUUAUGAUUUCUCUUGAUUUUUCUGAGCAUAGAACAUACUGCGAGACUCUGAAAAACAUCCUGAUUGUGCUGUCGUUAGCUGUAAAGAAAUGCACAACAUUUGUUACCACAAGUGGUGAAGAAGUACAGGGCUACUUCCCCAGACUGACUCAGCUAGCUUCUUUGGUUUUACUGCUGCUGCCUCAGGUCCAGGACAAACGAGGAUGUCUCUUGGAAAUCGGAACAGGGGAAGGAAAGACCUGCAUUUUAGCCAUGUUUGCUACAAUCCAGGCAGUACGUGGUAUGGCGGUGGACAUAGUGACAAGCUCUCAUUUGCUUGCAAUUCGUGACCACGAACAGUGGCAAAAAUUAUACACCAUGUUUGGUGUGACAUCAUCCACAGUACCUCCACAACACCAAGAAAGAAGCUCCUUCUGGAAUCAUGACAAAUGGCUUGAGGAUGCAUACAGGAAGAAAGUCAUUUAUGGUACUGUUAGUAACUUUGCGGCAGAUAUACUGAGGCAAGAGUUUGAGAAGAAGAGGACUCGAGGGGACAGGAAGUGUGACUGUGUGAUUGUCGAUGAAGUGGACUAUAUGACGCUGGACAGUGGGGUCCAAGUGACCUUUCUGUCACAUCAGGCCAGUGGCCUGAGGCACAUAGAACAGGUCCUGGCAAGCAUCUGGGCCAUGGUGUCUGCCUGCUGCACCCUUGAGAUGUUCACAACGGGGGAGAUCCACUGGACAACCAGUGUCCAGUACUUCCACAAGGUGGCUAAAGAAGCUGUGAUUGGCUCAGACUCUGAUGAUUUUUCAGACAAUGACAUAUUGCUGCUGGGUGCCAGGAUGGGCUUCUAUUCCCAGAAAGACGUGGAUGAAUUCAACAAAGCCUUGUGUGAAACACAAAUGAAGAUGGACGGUGAGCAGGAUACCAAUUGGAAAGCCAUUGAGAACAUCAUGGGGAAGAUUGGACCUAAAGAGCAGUAUGAGCUGCUCAGUGAACUUCAGUCAUCAUUUGAUAACAGUAUGGCAGUAGACUGUUACUCACUCUUCAGCAACAAAGCACAACUUUAUGGGAAAGAAAGCUGUGGCAGAGAGUCCGAUGUGAAUAUACUUUUACUCCAAAAUGGACGCGCCUGUGAAAUCAUGUCUGCAAAAACACUCAUUGACACAGUUGUUGCCAAAUUAAAAAGCAAAAUAAAAUAUUCAAGUGAGUUUACCUUGGACUCACUGAAGAAAUCUGAGGGGUUCAUUGUAAUUCCUUCGGUGUUGAAAGAAUACAUCGAGAAUCAGUUACCGGUUUUCUCUGAAAAUGCUCUGAAAGCCAUCAGAAUGACUCUAGGAAGGGAAUAUAUGAUUGACAGAGCACCUGAAGCUGACAGAACUGCUUUCAGUGGUGCUGUCCUUCAUCAGUAUGACACCAUCAUUCCAGUGGACUUUCAGGCCAGUGGAGUGUUGGAGAAGAACAAGCGCUGGGGUGAAGGUCUACAGCAGUUUUUGGAGAUGAAGCAUCAGCUAGCAAUUUCAACCUUGUCCAAUGUCACAAAUUACAUGUCAAAUGUCCACUUCUUCAAAAGGUAUGUCAGUGGGAAAGGCAUUUUUGGAGUCUCUGGAACAUUAGGGGGUGAAGCUGAGAAAGCAUUUCUUGAACGUCAAUACAAAACAGCAAGUUAUGUUGUUCCAGCUCAUCGCCAAAAAAAGCUGGUGGAGCUGCCAGCUGUUCAGGUGACUGGAGGAAACACUGAGUGGAUCCAGGUCAUCUGUGAAACUGCAUGGACUGCUGCAGACAGGGGCCAAGUUGUCAUGAUCAUUUGUGAGGAUGUCAAGACUGCAGAUGAACUUAAGACUCAAAUGAAUGGCAAAACUCCACAGCAUGAUCAGAUCACGAUGUACACCAUCAGCGAGAAGCACAACAUUGAGAAACAAAACUUUAGACAGGGAAACAUCAUCAUUGCUACAAACCUUGGAGGCCGUGGGACGGAUGUACAUGUUCAACCGGAAGUGAAUGAGUGCGGAGGUCUCUUUGUGCUCCUCACUUACUUUCCUGGAAGUCAACGAGUGGAGAGGCAGGUGUCUGGACGCACUGCCCGAAAAGGAAACCCUGGCAUGAUCCAGAUGAUACUCAACAGGGACCAUCUUGCAGUAGCAUACCAAGGUCACUCUAUAGAAACCAUGAGACAACUCAGAGAGGAGUAUGAAGUCAUCCGUUUGGACAGCAUGGAGAGAAACGAGCUGCUUGAGAUUGAAAUGAAGGAAAAUCUGUUCUCCAGCUUCUGUGAAUUUCUCUAUGAUUUUGACAGGAAUUACACAUUAGAAGAGAAGACUGACCUCACACAAAAGAUGUUAAAAGACAUCCCAGAGUGUUUUAAGACUUAUCAGGACAAGUUUGACUAUCAGACUGCCGUCAGUGCUUUGAAAGAAUCGUGGGCUUUGUGGCUGACCCUCCAUGAAGAGGAGAUUAGCAGACAUGAUGAUUUCACCACGCUAAGAGAAGACCUCUCUAGAAACUUAAAGAUAACUGCUGAUGGCCUACUUCAGGGGAGAAGCAACAACUUCUAUGACUACAUUGAGAUGGCAAAACGCAGAACUGACAUGCACUGCACCAAGAAGAAGGAGAGUGACUUUGGAGCUUUGUCAUACUGGCAGAAAGCUGCCAAGUGUGAUCCUUUCUACAGCGCUGUGGCUCUUUACAACCAAGCAUACAUCACCAUCAACCUGCAAAAGCCUAACUGCAUAACUGAGGCAAAGGGGUUACUGGAAAAGUCCAGGGCUGCAGUUGAUGUGUACCUCUCAGAAUUAUCAAACACGAUGAUGUUCUGUAAUUUCUCAGUGAAGAACAAUUUUGCAGCACACCACAAAGACAGCAAUUUGCAGAGCCAAAUGAAAUCAAGAAUGAGUGUUUUCAAAUCAUGGAAAGGAUACAUAGAAAGUGCACUGAAAACUCUUGAACACAUUGAAAAAACUGAUGGCAAGGCCAUUAUCAAUGAUUCAAGUGUCUACAGUCUUUCAAGAGACAAAGACCCCAUCACUACCAAAGAACUGAUGGUCCUCCAUGAGUUUGGCCUCUCCAUUGUGUUUGAGGUAAAAAAGAAGCCUGAGUUCUCCGUUGAUGCCCUUGUUUGCUUUGGUCUUGGUGUUCUUCAAGUAGCUGUGGGUGUUCUUGUUUGCAUUCUGUCAUCUGGCAGCGCCAGCCAACUUGGACUUGGACUGAUCAGUGAGGGGGUCUCCGACAUGAUUCAUGGGGUCAAAGGCAUGUUACAGGGAGGAUUUGACUGGGCUGAGUGGGCCAUCUCCAAAGCCAUCAGUAUCGGGGUGUCUCUGGUUUUUGGUGGACUUGGCAGGAUCAGGAAAGCCGUGAGUGCCUUAAGUAGUGGAACAAAAGGCUUGGUCACUGGGGCUAAGUGCACCUCUGCCAUCACAAUGAAACAGUGUUUUAAACACGCAGCAAAGUAUGCUGCUCAGGAACUGGGGAAGCAAGGAUGUAUCACUGUUGUCAACUAUACUGUUGAUAAGGGACUCAAAGUUUUUUUCCAAAAGGUUCUGAAGACAGCCUUCAAGAACAAAGUGUUUUCAUUGAUAAAGGCUAACGUUCAUCUGGAUAAGGUUCUCACAGACCUCAUUUGCUCAGGAAUACCAAAGACUGCCAUGGAACAAGAGUUUAGUGAAUUUAAAAUUGACAAAAGUUGCGAGAAGGAAAUCCUUAAUUCGGUUCAUGUGAUCACCUUAGAUGUUAUCCCUGGUCUAAUGAUGGAUUGUACCAAAGUUAGUAAAGUUAUUGAUACACUAUCUGAGCUCUGUGGUGCUGUGGCACAGCACAUGGACAAACAGAAGGGAUUUCAAUAUGCGCAGAUGUGUCUGGAAUCAGCAAAAUAUAUCACACUUUGCGUACAAAUGCUUAACUCGUUCCCCACAGAGGAGGUUGUAUGCCACACGUUUGUUCCUCAGUUGUUGGAGAACAUGAAUAGACUACCACAAGAAAAGUAUGACCAAGAUGGAAGACAUCAACUAUCAGAUGCGAAACGCCUUAAGGAUGAAAUCAUGAAUAAUAUUGCAGGCAGUGUUUCUGAGUCAUUGAUUGAGGCUUGUUCGAGACACCUGACUUCCCUUGUGAGCAGAAAAUGCAUGAGUAAAAUAAACCAUGUGGCUGGUCAUGCUGUCAGCAAUAUACUCGGCAGGGGUGACACACACAGUUUUUUUCAAAACCAAGUGUAUAAGCACCAAAUAAAUCAGGCCAUCCAAUGUCCACGCGUGCCACUGUCAGAAGGCGACAAUAAGGACUUGGACGGUUACAUCAAGAAAAUCUGCCAUGUCGACCACCCUGCGACAGCUGUGGACGUCCAUGUCCUCACCCAGAGUGAUGCUCUUCAAGGCAAAGGCAUUAGAGUGAUUUCUGUGGACCAACGGGGGAACACGUUGACAGAGGAUUACUAUCCAGGGAAGAACAGCUCUGCAGGGGACAUUGUGCUACAGCUCAAGAAGUAUCCAGAAAAUCCACAACUGAAGAAGGGGUUCCUGGCGAAACAGAUCAGCGGGGAACAGACCGCCUACAGUGGACAUUUUGAAAUUCCAAACAAGGAUGGCUCAGUGACGCAGGUCCAUUCAGAGGCUCAGAACUGCCUGUAUCACGCUGUUGCCCAGGUUACCAGUAAAGUCCCACAGGACCUGAAACAGCAAGCCGUGGUCCUUCGGAACGUUGUCAAGUCUUCUCUUCAACAGGAUAAGUCCAGAUAUGCAGCAGUUCUGAAGCUGCAGAGAGGAUAUGAAGAAACAUACAAGUCUCCUUGCAAAUACACCAUCGUGGGGGGAGGUAAAAAGACUCAACAUGUGGCCAAAGAAAGGUUUAAGGAUGGACUCAACCUGGCAGAGAUGAAUGAUUUACCUGAAAAAGAGGUUUCCAUUAUUAAAACGUACAAUCUGGGUCUGGUUGGAAAAUCAGAUGAUAUAAAAGGUCUCCGGAGGGCAGCUGGACCUGCGAAUGUCAAAGCUAACAGCGGCAGCUCUCCUGUGAAUGCAGACCACAUCCCACCUAUAAACACAUUUCAGAGAGCUCGUGAAAUGUUGCAGAAGCCUGAAAACAGAGACCAGAGGGAGAAGCUUAUGAAAGAGCGCCCACAACUUUAUGCGAUGAUUAAUGAAAACGGAAACCGUCGAUGCAGAGAGGUUCUUACACAACAUCACAGAGUUGCCUUGACCACGGGCAACAGCAAACCGUCCCAUAAAAUCAGGGCUAAGCUGGCUGAUGUUCUUGUCAGUGGUGAUGAAGUUAAACUGAUGAAGAUGUCAUUGAUUGUGGCCAACCCAGAGAUGUCGGAGUCUCUCAGGAAGGAUGCAGGAAUAACCCGAUGUAACAAAGGAUCUGAUGUUUUGUCUGGAAAAGCAACAAGGCGGUACCAUGACAUGGGAGGGGAGCUGCUGGUGAAAGAGUAUUGCAGUCUGGGCGUCAUUGACAGGAGAGCAGAACAAAGUGUGAUCCAGUGGCAGAAACAGCACCUCUAUUCAAGAAAUUCACCAGAAUAUCAUGAACUCCUUGAUGUGCUGAGACCUAAACACUUCCAACAAAACAUCUGACUCCUUCCAGCAUCUUCAGACUGAACUAUCCUGCACAUGGAUCAUCUUUGUUUGAAAUUUGUUGUAUGGUUCGCAAACAUACUUAGAGAACAGGAAGUACUUUGUGUCAACAGGUAACUUUAUUUCUGAGCAGACAAGAAUCCCAUGUGGAGUUCCCCAAGGUUCCAUCCUGGGACCUCUUCUGUUUAACAUCUACAUGCUCCCACUGGCACAGAUUAUAAAGAACGACAAAGUAAGUUACCACAGCUAUGCAGAUGACAUGCAGAUAUGUAUAAUAUAACAAUGUCACCAGUAGACUGAGGCCUAGUACAGGCUCUUGGUAAAUGCAUUGAGGAGAUUAAUGACUGGAUGUGCCACAAGUUUCUCCAGUUAAACAACAACAAAAUUGAGGUAAUUAUCUUUGGAGCCAAAGAGAAUGAUAACAGGUCACCACAGAGCUUCAACAUAUACACCUGAAAACCACAAACUAGGCCAGAAAUCUGGGUGUAGUGAUGGACCCGGGUCUAAAUUUGGAAAAACACAUGAGGGCAAUAACAAAGCCUACAAUCACCUUAAGAAUAUAUCCAGGUUAAAAGAUCUGAUGUCUCUGCAGGACCUGGAGACACUAGUCCAUGCAUUCAUCUUUAGUACCUUGAUUAUUUUAUCAGCAUCUUAAGCUUUACCUAAAAAGUCAGUUAGACAACUGCAGCUCAUCAAGAACUCUGCUGCUCCAGUCCUCACUAAGACCAACAAAGUGGACCACAUCAGUCCAGCUCUGAGGUCUUCACACUGACCACCUGUCCAUUAGAGCAGCAGUUCCCAACCUUUUUUCCUUGUUCCCACCCUACGUCUAAGACCAGCCAGGCCCCCCGACCCGUACGUACUGGCACCAAAAUAGUCUUUAAUUGGAAAAAAUGAACAUUAAUUAUGUUUUUUUGAUACAUUUGUCUUUGGUUUACUCUGUAGACUUUGUUUUUCUCUAAUGUCACUAAUGUAUAAAAUACGCACAAAAGGAC